AUUCAUUUUUUUUUUGGUCUUGCGUUACCUGGGCAGAGUCGCAAGUCGCCCUUUGUCUCAUUAAAUCUCUGCUGCAAGCGAGUCUUCUUCGUUAUAUAAUUAAUUUCUAUUUAUUCUUGGCAUAUCUAUCACAAUGGGUACGCCGUCAGAUGAUGGCAAGGCUGUGCCAGUCCGAGAUCCAGUCGAGACCAGCAGCGUUUCUGUCUCUAGCGAUGAAGAUGUUAUUCCCAAGGGCGCCCUCGACCCUGUAUACGAGGCGAAGGCUAAAGUGCUGAAUCACGCUAUUCAAGAAAUCGGAAUGGGAUGGUACCAAUGGCAGCUCUUCAUUGUCGUCGGCUUCGGCUGGGCCAGCGAUAACCUGUGGCCCAUUGUAACCUCUCUCAUUUUCACGCCCAUCGCCAACGAAUUCUCUCCCAGCCGCCCACCGCUCUUGACUCUCUCACAAAACAUCGGUCUCUUGGCUGGUGCCGUCUUUUGGGGCUUUGGAUGCGACAUCUUUGGUCGCAAAAUUGCCUUCAAUCUUACCCUUGGUUUGACAGCUCUCUGGGGCAUGAUCGCUGCCGGCGCGCCCAACUUUGCGGCGAUUGGCAUCUUUGACUGCUUCUGGUCUUUUGGUGUCGGCGGAAAUCUGCCCGUCGACUCUGCCAUUUUCCUCGAAUUUCUCCCCCCGACUCACCAAUACUUGCUAACAAUCCUCUCCGUCGACUGGGCUGUGGCUCAAGUGAUUGCGACCCUAAUAGCAUGGCCUCUUCUGGGUAACCUCACCUGUUCUCAGGAAGAGAAGCCUUGUCUCAAGCACAACAACAUGGGUUGGCGAUACUUUUUGAUAACCAUGGGCGGAAUAACGCUUCUUAUGUUCUUGGCUAGAUUCCUACUCUUCUCCUUAUACGAGUCGCCCAAGUAUCUUAUGGGCAAGGGCCGUGAUGAAGACGCUGUUCGAGUGGUUCACGAAGUCGCCAGGCGCAACGGCAAGACCAGCUCCCUGACAAUUGAAGAUCUCAAGGCCUGCGAGCCCGAGGGUUAUGUCGCCCAGGUGGACGUCUCGACUGCUGUUAAGAGACAUUUGGUUGAACAAAUAGACAUCAAACAAGUCAAAGCCUUGUUCUCGACCUUCAAACUUGGCUUGUCCACGACGCUUAUCGCCGCCAUUUGGGCCUUGAUUGGACUGGGUUUCCCUCUUUAUAACGCGUUUCUGCCUUUCAUCCAAGCCGAAAAGGGUGUUGAUUUUGGCGAUGGAAGCACAUAUCUCACUUACCGCAACAGCUUGAUCAUUGCUGUCCUGGGUGUUCCGGGAGCUUUGAUUGGCGGCUUACUCGUUGAAUUGCCUCGAAUUGGCCGCAAGGGAACGCUGUCUCUCUCUACAGUUCUGACUGGCGUCUUCCUGUACUGCUCAACAACCGCCAAGAGCAGCGAGUCGCUUCUUGGUUGGAACUGUGCCUACAACUUCUGCAGUAACGUCAUGUAUGCUGUGCUUUACGGUUAUACUCCUGAGAUCUUCCCGACUCCUCAGCGGGGCACUGGCAACGCCAUUGCUGCUACUGCCAACCGAAUUUUUGGCAUUAUGGCUCCAAUUAUUGCCAUGUUUGCCAACCUUCAAACGUCCGCGCCAGUAUAUACGAGUGGCGCCUUAUUCAUUGCUGCCGGCAUUCUCACCCUCUUCUUGCCAUUUGAGUCAAGAGGAAAGGCUGCUCUUUAAAGUACCGGAUGACAUUUUAAGAAUUAGAUGACUAGAGGACUGAGUAACGCGUUUUGUACAUAGAGAACAAAGAGGAUUAUACUGGACCUAGGAACGAUCCAGUAAGGGAAAAGAUAAUAGUAAUGCGGUGCCCUGGGUUGUUCUUGUCUGACGGAUUCUUAUACCUCAUAGGCAUGAUUUUCUGCUUAUACAAGUAUAAUAACCCUUCCCUCGAUCCCUCUCUCUAAUAGCAUAUGGCGAGGAGCAUCAGCGGCUGAUCAUUUAUGGCAUUUGCCGACCCCUUCUGAAAGGCUGAAUGCUCAGAAAGAGUCCUUAGCCGCCCAGCGAGACACCAAUGUAGUCUGAAGAUUUUCCCUAUAGUUGAAAGUCAAAAAGAAAAUGGAGCGGCUAGAACCCCUCCAAGAAUCAUCCAUUACAUGACUCAGACUCUACUAGUCAACAUCUUUGCUCAUGAUCUCAUUCG